AUGGAUGUCGCAUCUCCAACAUACACAGCGAGAGACCCCCCUCCUUCCUACGAGGAAGUCGCCGCAAAACUGGAGGACCUUGUCGGCGACGAUGCCACGCCCGACAGAGUCAUCGUCGCCAUGGACAAGCUAUCGGACGCCGAGAUCGAGAUCCUGAUCAACGGCGCCGACGACCACUGGCCCCUGGAGACCGACCAGCAAAAGACGGAUUUCGCGGUGGGAUGCGGCCAAUGUCUGUCCUCCCCGGAGGGCAAAACUCGAUUCGCAAGCGCCGGCGACGAGGCCACCCAGGCGACCCGCGACAUUGAGAACACCUUUGCCGGCUUGCAUAUACGCAUUGCGCAAAUCGAUCGGAUCCAUCACUCUAGAUUCGAGCCCGAGAUCAUCAAACUCCACCAUGCGUACCGAGAUGUGCUCACCGGGACCUCGACUUUGCGGCCACGGCUGGGUCAAGGGUUCGACGAAAGUAUCAUCAAGAUUUGCGCAAACGAGAGCAUCGCCUUCCAGAAGCGUAGAACUACUCUUAAGAUGUACAUAGAGAAGAUCGCCGAUGGCUUUCGCUCCGUGACCGACGACUUCGCCACGUUUGUCGCCUCCUUCUCCACCUGGGCCAAGGACAAAGAAGAGCUCGACGCUCUGCACAAAAAGCUGUAUCGGCUCGAGAGCUCCCUUCGCGCCUUCGAGGUCGUCUUCAGCGCGUCAAUUCCCGCCACCGGGACCUUUGUGAAGAUGUUCCCCGCCCUCGCGCCGUGGAUCAUGCUCGGUGGCGUGAUUACCGCCCUCGCUUCUUUCGCCGCUAUCGCCGGUCUCGCGGCUGGCAUAUCCAAAACGAACUACCGGAUCCACCUCAAGACGCAGGAGAAGGGGAAACUGCAGACGGAACUGGAGAACCUCCGCCGCACGCGCGCCGAGCUGGAGGACUUCGGCCAUGACUCGUUGACGCGGUUCGAGACGGCCUUGGUGAUCCUGGCGGGGGCGUGGGAGAAGACCCUCGCUGACGCGCGCAUUGUCCAGGACUGGCUGGUCCGGGGCGCGAAUGUUGCUCACCGACCGGAGUAUAUGGAGCUGAAUAUCAGGCACGAUGUCAACAAAUAUAGCGCGCUGUCGGAGUAUUUGGAGAGUUAUGCUCGGGGGAUUUAG